GGUGAGUCGAUGCCUGGUAGGUAGACCGACAGGUCUAGAUUAGACUGGCUGGUUGGGUUGGUUUGGAGUUGGUCUGGGGUUGUUUGUUUGUUUGGUUGGAGGUUGGGUAUUUAAGGUCAGCCUGUCCUAUCUUUUUGGGUUUGUUGUUUGUUUGUCUGUCCCUUCCUUUGGUUUACUUCCUUGCUGAGUGGUUUCAUUGCGUCGACUUGGGUUAGAGAUUGUUCGCCUGUCUGGUUACUCCAUCAUCUAGAUUUCCUGCACCUAGCACCGUCCAGAACCAAAGAACCAAGCGUCAAGAACAAAAAUGGACCUCUCUACCUCCAACCCGAGUAUAAACCAAACCCCAACCCCAACCCGCGACAUCCUCACCAACCCGCCCGCCUUCCCCGCCUCCCCGGCCACAACCACCCUCUUCACGAACCCGCCCACGACCCCCAUCCAGACCAUCCAGACCUACGAGACGCCGGAUCGCCAGCUCACGGGGAUCAGGGUCACCUGGAUGAACGGGGACCGGGCGAGGUUGGGAGUUUGUGGGGAGGAUUUGGGUACUUCUACUUCCACUUCCACUUCCACUGGUAUUGGUACUGGCAUCAGCACCAGUACCGGGGCUACUGACUCUGGAUCGGGAGCUGGAGCUGGGGUUGGAAUUGGAAAUACAAGUGCUAGUGCUAGUACUGGUGCUGAGACUGGAACUGGGACUGGAACUGGCACUGAGAUCUCGACCUCGACCAAACCCCAAACCAUUCGCAAAACCUUCGCGUUCGACCGCCAAGAACGCAUCCAGAUCAUGUAUGUGUACGUGGGCAGCACGCAGGUAGACGGGUUCUGGUUCGUGACGAACAAGCAGAAGAGUUUCUUCCCGGGGCGGUCGAGCGAGAGGCGCGAGAUGAGCGACUUGGGGAGCGGCGUGUUGGUGGGGAUGGAGGGGAGGGAAAAGCUGGACGAGGAGGGUCGAGUGGAGGGGAUUUUGGGGCUGGGGGUGAGUUUUCGGAGGUAG